AUGAGCUCUGCAAAAGAACUCGACUAUCCUCAUAUCCUAAUUCAGUAUCAGAAUGGAUUUCUAGUAUCUAAGGUGAUGUUUGCUGCCUGUGAGUUGGGUGUGUUUGAUCUGUUGCAAGAAUCCAAAGAAAACUUGUCAUCCAAAGCCAUCGCGGAACGUCUGGGGAGCAGCCUCCAUGGAAUGGAGAGACUGUUGGAUGCCUGUGUGGGUUUAAAGCUUCUCGAAGUAGAAGUGAACAAAGAAGGAGCUUUUUAUGGCAACACAGAAAUCUCUGAACAGUUUCUCACAAAAUCAAGUCCAAAGUCUCAGUAUCACAGUUGCAUGUACUACUCCAGAACAAUUUAUCUCUGCUGGCAGUACUUGACAGAGGCUGUGAGGGAAGGCAAGAACCAAUAUGAGAGAGCAUUUGGCAUUUCAUCAAAAGCUGUUUUUGAAGCUCUAUACAGAUCAGAAGAGGAAAUGGUGAAAUUCAUGUAUGGAUUGAAUGCAACUUGGAGCCUAUGUGGCAGAGAUGUGAUAACUGCAUUUGAUCUAUCACCAUUCACUGUGAUUUGUGAUCUUGGUGGGGAUUUUUUUAAAGAUCCUCUCCCGGAAGCCGAGCUGUAUAUUUUAGCAAGGAUCCUCCAUGACUGGUCAGAUGAAAAAUGUGUGCAACUUCUCACAAAAGUGCAAAAGUCUUGCAAAACGGGUGGUGGUGUUUUACUAAUUGAAACUCUUCUGAAUGAGGAUAAACACGGGCCAUUGGAGAGUCAGCUCUAUUCCCUUAAUAUGCUCAUUCACACUGAAGGAAAAGAACGGCCACCGGCAGAGUACAGCAAGCUCCUCACGGCAAGUGGUUUCAAGGAGAUUGAAGUUAAGAAAUCUGGAAAGCUGUAUGAUGCCAUUUUAGGAAGAAAAUAA